UGAUCCCGACGACUAUAACUAUCCAACUUUUAGUUUUUCAUUUCUUUUGUACAAGCUCUCUUCGGUGGAAACAAGAAAGCAAAAAACAUGAGCGACCCUAGUGGCCAAUCUUCAACAACGACUGUCGGUGGAAACGGCGGCGGCAGCGGUAGUAACGGUGGGGGUGGAGGUGGUGGUGGAGGUGGUGGCUCCUUUGGGAUUCAGCCGCAGAGAUCAAAGGUGAGGAAGCAAGUGUGGGCUGGAGUUCUCGGCAUCUCUUCCUCCACCAAUAAUUAGUAUAUAUCUCUCUCCACCGGAAAAGAACA